CCUGUUCCUCUCUUUAUGUUCCGAUUAAAUUAACAUCAAUUUUUUGUUUUUGGCUUCAGUGAUAAAUUUUCAGCAUCUAUUUCAAGGUUUCGUCUUUUUUGGUAUUUUUUUUUUCACGGUUGGAUUCUUUCCUAGCUCACUCAUCUUCGAUUUUCUCAGCCUGUUUCCUCUUAUGUUUCAAUAGGGUUUCUAUAUUUUUUUUUCUUUUUUUUUUCUUCUAAGCAUUUUUUUUCUCCAGAAAUUCUUAAAUUCGUGGACGUUCAAGGCUCGAUUUGGAUUUUGAUUUGGAUGUUCUGCCUUUUCUCUCUCUCGUUUUUAUUUCUUGUUGGCUUCUUAGUGCAUUGAAUUGGAGCUGCAUUCACUAUACGAAUUGAACAAGGUGGCAUGAUGCAAUGAAGUGUUGUUCUUGGAGGGUCUUAUCAGUUUAGCACUCUGAAUUUGGAGGCAAAAUGUUCAGUCCAAGCGUGGAUUCUGCUAGGGAUGCUGGUGGUGUGGCAGGGCCUGUGCUAAUUCCCAUGCGGUUUGUGUGGCCAUAUGGGGGAAGAAGUGUGUAUCUUAGCGGUUCUUUCACACGGUGGUCUGAACUUCUACAAAUGUCGCCAGUGGAAGGCUGCCCAACUGUUUUUCAAGUCAUUCAUAGCUUGGCUCCUGGCUAUCAUCAGUACAAGUUUUAUGUUGAUGGGGAAUGGCGGCAUGAUGAGCAUCAACCUUGUUUAUCUGGAGAAUAUGGGAUAGUUAAUACCGUUUUAUUGGCUACUGAUCCUAAUUUUGUACCUGUUUUAACUCCAGAGAUAGUUUCUGGAUCUAACAUGGAUGUGGAUAACGAGGCUUUUCGACGCAUGGUCCGAUUGACAGAUGGUACAUUAAGUAAUGUGUUGUUACCAAGAAUAUCAGAUGCUGAUGUACAGACCUCUCGUCAGCGUAUUUCUUCAUUCCUAUCUUCGUGCACAGCGUAUGAAUUACUUCCUGAGUCAGGCAAGGUUGUUACCUUGGAUGUCGAGCUGCCUGUGAAACAGGCAUUCCACAUACUGCAUGAGCAGGGAAUUCCCAUGGCUCCUCUUUGGGACAUCUGCAAGGGGCAGUUUGUUGGAGUUCUUAGUGCCUUGGAUUUUAUUUUAAUUUUAAGAGAGCUUGGAAAUCAUGGGUCCAAUCUGACCGAAGAGGAGCUUGAAACACAUACCAUAUCAGCUUGGAAAGAAGGAAAAUGGACAGCAUUUACACAGGGUUUUAUCCGUGCAGGGCCAUAUGAUAAUCUGAAAGAGAUUGCUCUGAAGAUCCUGCAAAAUGGAAUUUCAACAGUUCCAAUUAUUCAUUCAUCUUCUGAAGAUGACUCAUUUCCCCAGCUGCUACAUCUUGCUUCACUUUCAGGAAUCCUUAAAUGCAUUUGCAGGUAUUUUAGGAAUUGUUCUAGUUCAUUGCCCAUACUUCAACUUCCAAUCUGUGCAAUCCCUGUGGGUACGUGGGUGCCCAAAAUUGGGGAGACAAAUUGCCAGCCUCUAGCAAUGUUGAGACCAAAUGCUUCACUUACUUCAGCCCUAAACUUAUUAGUUCAAGCUCAAGUAAGUUCAAUACCAAUAGUUGAUGACAGUGACUCAUUACUGGAUAUAUAUUGUCGAAGUGAUAUAACAGCUUUGGCAAAGGACAGAACAUAUACACAUAUUAAUCUUGAUGAAAUGACGGUUCAUCAGGCAUUGCAAUUGGGGCAGGAUUUUUACAGUUCUUUCGAACCGAGAAGUCAAAGAUGUCAGAUGUGUUUGCGGACUGAUUCUCUGCAUAAAGUGAUGGAACGUUUGUCACAACCAGGUGUGAGGCGGCUAGUGAUUGUGGAAGCGGGAAGCAAGAGGGUAGAAGGCAUCAUAUCACUGAGUGACAUAUUCAAGUUCUUCCUUGGUUAGUUUGGAUUGUUGGUGACCAAACAAGUUUGACAGACAGUGUGGUGGUCAUGACACUUAUGCAUAUAGUCAGGCAACCAUCAUCGGCCCAGCCACAGGCACUAAGAAGAGAUUCCAGAGCUUUUACACGGUGAUUUCAUCUUUAUUUCAUUGAAAUACAAUUGGUUUGGCCUCUUGCUUCAUUGCCUUGUUUUAAGAUUUUAGGCUAGAGAAAGAGGCCUGUAAAUUUUAGCCUGAUUGCCCCAAAUUUAUUCAUCUUUCCCCACUCAUAUUAUGUUCAAAUAUGUUGUCUUCCUCAUAUGGAUACAGGCAAAGGGGAGUGCACAAUCUGUGUAAUCGUUUCAUAUAUUGUCCAGUGACAAAUUUCGGGGGAAAAAUUAUGGGAGGACCAAUAUUCCAAAUACUAUUUUUUGUUGACUAGCUUUAGUUCGAGAAAUAGCAUUUGUUAACUAUCCUUUUUGUGGA